AGCGUAAUUCUGCUGUCCCAAGUGUAGACCUAACGAAGACAAUGGCAGUUGCUAGCAAAAGUAAGCCACGUCGCUCAUAUCAGGACAACUACCUAGCACUGGGGUUCACAUGGUGUGACGAUGAACUUGGUCCUAAGCCAAAAUGUGUUGUGUGUGGUACUGAACUAUCGAAUGAAGCCAUGGUUCCUAGUAAAAUGAAGAGACAUUUAACUUCAAAACACAGUUACCUUUCUGAUAAACCUCUGGAUUAUUUCAAGAGACUCUUAAAUAACAACAAACAACAAAAGUGCAGUUUUGAGAAAAAGGUUAAAGUGGCAGAAAAGGCUAAAAAAAAAAUAGGCUCUGGAAUGUUAAAGUGAAAGAUGGCAACUUGGAUAUGUUUCCCAAAACUGCUGCUACAAGAAAUAAAGACAUUGUUCCACUGAUAUGUGAGCAUCUUGAAAGCCUAGAAAAGAAUAUUGAAAAGUAUUUUCCAAAUAUAUCUGUUGAAAGUUACGACUGCCUGAGAAAUCCAUUCAUUUAUGAUCCAUCAAACUCACAACAACUUAGUCUCAGUGAGGAAGAGGAGCUAACAGACAUCCGUAAUGACCGCACUCUGAAACUUAAGUACAAGGAAGUGUCACUUGAAACUUUCUGGAUUGAUAUUGAAAAAGAAUUCCCACACUUAGCGAAAAAAGCUUAAAAAAAUUCUUCUCCAGUUUUCAACCUCGUAUUUGUGUGAACUAGGGUUCUCAACCCUCACUAACAUAAAAAGUAAGAAAAGGUCAAGACUGCUAAGCGUUGAAGAAGAAAUGAGGGUGUGCCUGUUUAGUGUUCCUCCUAAUAUACUGCGGAUAUGCAAAUCGAGCCAACCUCACGUUUCUCACUAAUAAGUGGCAAUACUACACGUGGUCAUCGUCAUCAAUACGUCUACGUCAUCACCAGUGGGUCAGGAGUGUGGCUGAGUUUGGCGGUUCAGUAGGUCAUCCGCCGGGCUACCUGCAACUCACCUGUCCCUUCACCUGCGUGCCUGAUUUACGGGCUGACUGACUGACCAGCUGACAACCUCGACUUUUCACAUCACGAUACUGCAAAAAAGAUGGGGUUGGGCGGCGACCUGGUGGCCAUGUGGGAGGUGCCCCUGAGUGAUGGCCUGCACAAAGUGGGAUUCGAACACGGGACGACCACGGGAAGGCGAGUACUGUGGAUCGACGGCCAGGAGAAGGUGCGCCACGACUGGAUGUUCAAGUUGGUUGGCUCGGAGGUCUUCAACAUCGGCAAUACCAAGUGUGUCAUCAAGAUCGAGCCCGUGGGAGGCUUCUCGUACGAAUACUCCCUCGAGGUAAACGGCAAAAGCUACAAGAAGUUUACGGAGAACCAGAGCAAGAUCCUGAAGACGUGGCUGUUCCCCUUAGACGGCGCCUACACUCGCGUGGUGCUGGAGAAGGACACCCUGGACGUUUGGGUGAACGGGACCAAGCUAGAUACGGCCGGCGAGUUCGUGGAAGACGGGACCGAGACGCACUUCGACCUGAGUGGCCAUCCCGCCUACAUUCGCGCCGUCAGUAGUGGAAACAGGCGAGAGGGGCUCAUUCACGGCCUGGUGGUGGACGAUGUGGAGAUCCCUGAGGCUGUGGAGUGAGGUGGAGGGC